AUUAUACAUUAAACCCUGUAGUUAUUUACUUAUUUAGCUAUUGCAACUUUUGUAAAUUUUAACAUGACUGUAAACUCCAUUACACGCACGUGCUGUCUUUCAAUUUAAUCAUAAAUGGCGUACUCAUGGCAAUAAGAAAGGAAUUAAAAUUGAACAACGUUAAGUCACCAACCAUCGAACACGAGUCACAAUGGAGUACUUAGAAAUUUUCUGCGGCAUCGUAGCGCUAUUUCUGGCCAUUUAUUAUUACUUCACGAUAAAAUUCAAGUUUUGGGAAAGUCGCGGAGUCAUUGGACCCCGGCCGAUAUUCCUGUUUGGAAAUUUCCUAAAAGUCAUAUUAGCAAGAACGACAUUGCCGGAGUAUGUCAAACAGAUUUACGAAAAGUACGAAAACGAACAAAUGAUUGGUACAUACAUGCUAUCAGCGCCGGUACUAAUCUUGCGGGAUCCAGAAAUAAUUAAGGACGUUCUCAUCAGAGAUUUCUCGAAAUUCGGUAACAGAGGGAUCAAUUUCUCCGACAAAGCAGAGCCACUGUCGACGAAUAUUCUGAACCUAGAGCCAAAAAGAUGGCGGCCACUGAGAGGAAAGCUCUCCCCUAUGUUCACAUCCGGCAAACUGAAGGACAUGUUCGAUCUGAUCCUCGAAUCAGGUGCCCAAUUGGAGAAAUACCUGAACAAAAUAGUGGCACAGAAAGAACCUAUCGACUUUCAUAAUGUAACAGCGAAAUUCGCCACCGACGUGAUCGGCUCCUGUGCCUUUGGGAUCGAGACGAGUGCAUUGGACGACGAAGAGAGCGAUUUUCGUAAGCUCGGAAAGACAAUCGUCGCCGUGGACUUGCAGAACACGAUAAGACUGAAAGUCAGAACGUUCCUACCAAAAUUGUACGAUUUGUCAGGUUACAUCUUCCCUGAAAGGAGAUUCACUCCAUACUUUACCAAUCUGGUCGCAGACACUAUGAAGUACAGGAAAGAGAACAAGGUGUACAGGCCUGACUUCAUCCACAUACUCAUGGAACUUAAGGAACAUCCAGAUUCAAUUGAAGAAUUUAAAUUAACGAACGAAAUUUUGGCUGCACAAGCUUUUAUUUUCUUCGUUGCUGGUUUCGAAACUUCGUCCUCGACGAUGAGCAACGCCCUUUACGAACUAGCUAGGAAUCCUCAAAUCCAAGACAAGUUACGUGAAGAGAUACGAGAACAUUAUGCUAAACACAAUGGCAAGCUGAAGUAUGAACAUAUCAAGAAUAUGGAAUACUUGGACAAAGUGUUCAAAGAAACUUUGAGGAUGUAUCCACCAGCAGGUACGCUGCCGAGACUGUCGAUGACCAAUUAUACGUUCAAAAAUACGAAGAUCAGUAUACCAAAGGAUGUGUCAGUAUGGAUUCCAGUAUUCGCGAUUCAUCGCAGUCCUGAUAUUUAUCCAAAUCCCGAUGUGUUCAAUCCAGAAAAUUUCUCUGAAGCCGCCAUCGCGACCCGACAUCCGAUGUUUUAUUUACCAUUUGGUGGUGGGCCCAGAAAGUGUAUUGGUGAACGCUUCGGUAUAUAUCAGACUAAAAUCGGCCUAAUCUCGAUUCUCCGUAACUACAAAGUGGACGUGUGCAAGAAAACAAUGAUUCCGUACGAAUUUGAUCCAAAUACAUUUUUACUGGCUGCAAAAGGAGGGAUAUAUUUGAAUGUCUCGAAAGUAGAUUAAAAUUGCGAUUUGAAGCCGACUUUUCUAAUUAGUUUAAUUUUUUCUUAAUUAAUUGCGUUGAAAUUGGAAUUAAAUGAAAAUUUUUCUUUAGACGAUGUUAAAAUCCUAUUUAUUUUAAUGUCUGAUUCGUAUUAGGUUAACCAUGUUAUGUGUUUUUGUGAGAUGUAUCACAUUAAAGUUUCUUGAGAAAUAUUAAAAAUGA